UUCUAAUUGUCCCGUAUUGGCCAAUCAUGUGUCUACACUAGUCCCGAUCUAGGUUAGUGGAGUGCCGUGCCUGAACAGCAAUCGCUGAUUGCUGCCUCAGGCUAUUAGGCCCCAAGGCACAACCGCUUCUCCCCACAUCCUCGCCCUCGCUCUUCCUCUUCUUUCACCUCCUCAUCCUCCUCUCUUCUCUCCCCCCACGGAUCUUAAUCUUUACUUCUUUCUUUUUCUUUCCCUGCAUUCUUUCAUUACCAGCUCGUGUUGAUUGGGAAAAGUUUCAGAAAACCAUCGUCCUCCAAAAAAAGAUAUUGCAAAUAGUCCUUCCGAUUCGUUCCGCCCCUGAGAGAUUCAAAGAAGAAAAGGUUGCUCGCGUUUGGCCGAGACCCGAAAGCCCGAUCUUCACCUUACGACUUGCGUUCGAUCUCCUCUUCUCCCCUCCACACUACGGUCUCCCUUUGCAUCGACCAUCGUGCUAGGGGUCCUUUUUUUUUCUUUUCAUUUCGCCGUUACUAUCCGCCAGUUCCUGAACCUGCCUCUUCGGUCGUGUCUCGCACUUGGUUGUGUUUUUUCUCAGCCUCCCGAGUCCUCGUGCCUCAGUGACCGCGUCGAAUUUCUAUUUUCUCUAGCUGGGACUUGCAGAGCAUCUCCCACCACCCUUUUCUUGCCCCUCGAUCUCGUGUGAGAGAUCUUGAUAUUCUCAUAAUUGCCUCUUUUGGUCUCUUUUGCAUCGCUUUUCUUUUUUUCCGUGGCCUCCAUCCUGUCAUCGUACCUUCGGCUUCUGGACCAUUCCAAUCUUCGGCAACGAAGCUCUCGCACUGUUCUGUACAGCUUGAUAAUACUGGCACCUUGCACGUCGUUCGGUCUUCACUGCAUAUUUUUUCGCUUGUGACCUCGCGACUCUGUUUUCACGAUCCCUUCAUUCGAUCUUACCGAAACUUCGUUGACUCGAUUUUGAUCUUCGGGUUGACACGUUUCUGUCUUGUGACUUCAAUAAUCACCUAAUCAUCUCUGCGGCAAACAAAAGAAGCUCGAAGCUUUGCGGUUGAUCCCAUACGCUCGCCUCACCCUGUCACGGAGAAUUGAACGCGACUUUACGUUUUCACUCUCAGCUCCUUGCACAUAACCCCCCUUGACUCGCCAUUCUCUUCCGACGCUCUACGGAACUAUGAGUAUGGACGCUGGCGGUCUUACUCAAAUGACCUACAACAACAACUUCAAUAACGGCACUUCCCUCGGUGUGCCGGGGUCUGGCUUCGCCUCGCGAGGGAAGGGCUCGCACAUCAAGCGUCUGAGCGUGCCUCCCCAGGUCGCCACUAUUGAUGAAUCUCAGGCUACUGCGCCCUUGGCAACUCCGCGCACUAGCCGUUCGCAUCUUCUGGCCGGGCUCCGAACUGCCCCCCGGUCUGCUACGAUCCCCUCGCAGCAUCAGCAGCAGCAACAACAACAAUACCACCAGCAGCAGCGCAGCGGCAUGGACAGCUCCCGAUAUGGUAGCUACACUAGCCGAGGCAACGAUCGUGUCCCACAAACUGCAACGGGAGCUGGAUUCCCACAGCAUGCUUACGCUCAAAACCAGGGGAUGAAUGGGCACCACGCUCGUCCUGUGUACACUAUGCCGGAGCAGGUUCUCGCACCUCCGACGCUUGACAUGGGUGGUGACAACGGUAUCGAUGAGAACCUGUACGCCGAGUUGAUGUCGACAAAUCUGUUUCUAGCAGCGCAGCAGCAGCGCCUACAGCAACAGCUGAUCAGUGUUACUGCCGCGGCUCAGCAAUUCCAGGGCCUCAAUUUGGGAGGAAUGACCCUUGCUCAACAGCAGCCCAUUCCUGCACUUGCAAUGGGCUCUGGCAUGGGAUUCUAUCAGCAGCAGCUUCAACAGGGCGUUCAGCCGAUCGUUCAGCCUGUCCCCGGACAGCCUGGGUGGUUCUCCGUCUACAAUCCUCUCACUGGUCAACAGAGCUAUGUCAUGGACAACAGCUUCCAGGAUGAUGGCCUGUCCCAUGGCUACGCCGAGAACUAUUCGUCUGGCCCACAGAUUCCCCAGUUCCGUGCUGAGAUCUCUCCACCAGCUGAAACCGCUCCGUCGCCAAUGCCGUCCUCGCAGCCGAUCUCUCCUAGCGGCACCCCUUCUCCUCCCACCGAGUCUUCUGCUUUCCGUCGCAACAACCGCAAGCUGUUCAACCCGACGCUCAAGACUAACAUUGACACUACCAAGGCGAACAUUGGACCUGGUCCUCGAUCUGCUGUUCUUCCUCCUACGCCCGCCACUGGAACUUUCGGUCCUGGCCAAGCUCGUGCUGGCGAGCAUCCUAUUCGUCAGCCCCGUGGGCCGCCCUCGCUGGAGGAUCUCGUGGCCAAGCCGACUUCUAAGCAUGAGGGAAGCAAGAACUUUGCAACUCGCCAGCGGCGCCGUGCCGUUCACAACCUAGUUCGCGCUGGAAUUGAGCGUCGAGGUGAUACUCGCAGUUUCGGAUACAGCAGUGGCGGUACCAACACUCCUGCCAGCGAGAAGGAGUUCACCUUCUCCGAUGGCGACGAUGCUACGGUGCGCAGUGGCAGCCUUUCCAGCAAGCCAAGCCUGGGUAGUCUUCGGGCCGCAGCCAAUGGUGCCAUUGGAUCUGAACGCAAGGAAAAAACCGGUCGGGAUCGCAAGUCCCCCGAUAGCCCCUUCCACAGCGCCACUCCAACCAGUGAGGACGGCUACUUUGGGUCCAAGUUCUCGGAUACUGUCUCAUCGCCGAGGUCUGGCACUACCUCUCCCUCCGUAGCGGCCGUCGUUGCGGGCCAGGGACAGGUUGCACAAGCACCUGAACGCCGUAAGACGCCAAUGCUUGUGUUGUCCAGCGCUGAAAAGCGCAAGACCCCUUUGAUGUAAUGCCGACUCCAUCACGUGACAGCGACGUAUGACCUUUCUCUUUCUUUUUUCCUAUUCCAUUGGGUUGGCCUUUAUGUUUUCCUUCAUCGCCUAGUGCUUGCUGAUGACUUGUAUCCUUCUAUUCGCUCCUUUUUCCUCUUAUCUUACCAAUCCGUGUCGGACGUUAUGUGUGUGUGUGUGAUGAAAGACCUGGAUCAGUCUGCAAUCUUUUCCUUUCUUGAUCCUUGCCGAGGCUCUAACCGAGUUCUUUCGCUUUUUUUCACUUCUCGCUAUUCAGGUAUCCUCCUCUAUCAUGGGGUUGGAGCUGAGGAAUCACAUCCUUUUUUUCCUUGCUGGUCUGUGGAUCGUGAGUUCGAGGUUGGAAUGACAGCGUCGCCUUGACCUGUCGCCUCUCUUUUUUGUUUUUUCGGGCCUCUGACGUACAUCCGGUUAUGUACAGUCUACCCUCAGGUACCUAAGUAAAGGGCCUUUCAGUGCAAUCAAUCAAUACCUAGUUCUCUAGCUAAUACCGUUUCUUUCUGUAAAAUUUAAACAUCAAGGUUGCGAUUGGCUAACCUAGGCUGGGCUUCGAACCUUUGGG